AUGGCAGACGAAGAUGGCGAUGGUCCCCAGCCUUAUGCUGCCUACCUGCGAGCCGUUCUCCAAAAGGGCCUGUUGGCCAACGAGCUGCCCAUCGUGACAACAAAUCCAAACACGCUCGAAGAGCAAGCCAAGAAGAAGAUGCCCAAGGCCGGCUUCGAUUACAUUGUAGGCGGAGCUGGCGAGGCGGCAACAAUGGAUGCCAAUCGCCUUGCCUUCCGUCAGUGGAAGAUUGUUCCCCGCGUCUUGAAGCCCACGACUCCUCGUGACCUGAGUGUCACCAUCUUUGGCCAGAAGUUCGACGUCCCCCUUCUCAUGGCGCCUGUUGGUGUCAAUUCACUAUUCCACCCAGACAAGGAGAUUGGAGUUGCUCAGGCUUGUGCCGAAUUACGUGUCCCGUUUACUCUGAGCACAGCUGCUGAAUCUACAUUCGAACAAGUCGCGGCUGCGGCUCCUGAAUCGCCAAAGUGGUUUCAGCUAUACUGGCCCAACGACGAAGAGAUCACAGCCUCGCUCCUCAAGAGAGCCAAGGAUAACGGUUUCACAGCACUGGUCGUGACUCUGGAUACUUGGACUCUUGCAUGGAGGCCUUAUGAUCUCGAUACGGCCAAUGUUCCUUUCCUGCUUGGCCAGGGAGACGCAAUCGGCUUCUCUGAUCCCGUCUUUAGGCGCAAGUUUGCCGAGAUGAGCGAUGGCGGAACUCCUGAGGAAAACACGCUGCAGGCUGCUGUCUACUGGAUUGGUGAGACUUUCUCCGGAACAUCUCGUUCUUGGGAGGACCUCAAGAUUCUGAAGAAGUACUGGGAUGGGCCCAUCAUCCUCAAGGGAAUUCUCAGCGUCGAAGAUGCCGAGCUGGCUGUUGAGCAUGGCAUGGACGGAAUUAUUGUUAGCAAUCACGGCGGCCGACAAAUCGACGGUGCCAUUGCAACCUUGGACGUCCUCCCUGAAAUUGUCGAUGCUGUCGGCAGCAAGCUGACCGUCAUGAUGGAUUCUGGCAUUCGAACCGGCGCCGACAUUGUCAAGGCUCUCGCUCUUGGAGCCAAGGCCGUUUUUGUUGGUCGACCAGUGGUUUAUGGACUGGGUAUCAAUGGCAAAGAGGGUGCCGAGGCGGUAUUGGCCGGAUUAUUGGCCGAUCUUGAUUUAACCAUGGGAUUUGCUGGUGUCAAGAGCAUUGCAGAAUUGAAGAGAUCGAUGCUGCGGAAGAUUCAGCACUCUGGAGAUGUCAGGUCGAAUCUUUGA